AUCAUUAACGAAUAUAUCAAUAAGAAUAAGAAAAACGAAUAUUCCCAAAAAUCUUUCAACAAUAAAAUCAACAAUCUAAUGAGUAUGUAGAUUUUCCUUUUAAUAUUUUACUUGCUCACCAAUUUUCGUCACCCUAUAUAUAGAUAUCGAUCUAUUCAACCAUUUCAUUAUUCUCAACUCAUCCUCCCAAAAAAGGUACUAUCAAAAUGUCGAGCAAUGCGAGCUGUAACCUGCUUAAGGAUGUCAAGCCUUACAAAACCGGGUGGAGAGUACGCGUGAAAAUGCUUCAUUCGUGGAAACAGAAUUUCGGAGGAGAAACACUUGAGUGCAUCCUUGCAGAUGAAACAGGUGGCAAGAUUCAUGCUUCAUUCAAAAGAAGUCAAAUGUUCCGAGUUCAGAGAGCCUUACCCAUUGGAGAAUGGCGAUUUGUUGAAAACUUCACCGUCUCCCAGGCUGGUGGGCAGUAUCGACCAACGAACCUGCAGUACAAGAUGACAAUCAGUGGUGAUACAGCGAUAUCAAAAUGUGAUUUCCAGAACAACAAUCACUUUCUUGAUCUUGCAAGUUAUGAAGAUAUAAUCGAGGGGAAAAUGAAUCCAUUCUUCCUCAUUGAUAUUCUUGGCGAAAUUUUUGAUAUGCGUGGUAUACAAACUGUUCAAGUAAAGAACGAAGAUCGGAAGAGGGUUGUUUUCCGACUACGUGACACAAAUGGGAAUGACGUGGAGUGUUGUCUGUGGGGAAAAUUCGCAGAGAUUAUUGAAUCUCAUAUUGAAGAUAAUGAAGGGGAACCAAUUAUUUGUCUGAUCAGGUUUUCUAAAAUUAGCUACUACAAAGGAGUAGAGAAGGUUUAUAUAAGCGCAGACAGCAUUGAUCCUUCAGAUAUUAAUUCAGUUAACGACGAAGCUCUUGGUCCUGAUUUUCUAAACACCAUUAAGGUUUCAGGAUUACCAAAUCACAGUCUAAGACUGAAGGUUGGCUGCCCCGUAAUGGUUCUCAGGAAUAUUAAUCCUACAUUAGGGUUAAUGAAUGGAACCAGGCUUCAGAUUAUUCAGGUCAUGGAUUUUAUGGUUCAAGCCAGAAUCAUAACUGGGGAAAAGGUUGGAGAGACUGUAGAUAUUCCGAGACUAUCAAUAACACCAUCAGACACCCGAUUGCCUUUUAAAAUGCGCAGAAGGCAGCUACCUUUGGCAGUGGCCUUUGCUAUUACAAUCAACAAAAGUGAAGGACAAUCUCUUUCCGAAGUGGGUCUUUUUUUACCUAAGCCUGUGUUUUCCCAUGGACAACUAUAUGUUGCGAUAUCAAGAGUGACUUCAAAGAAAGGAUUGAAAAUUUUGGCUCUUGGAAAAGAUGGAAAGCCUCAGAAGAAAACUAUGAAUGUAGUUUUUAAAGAAAUUUUCGACAACCUUGAAAGCGAAGUUUAAGAUGUCAGUUCAUGCAGAAAGUGAAGUUUAUCUUACAUCAGUCUUGAAUUUUGUUGUUUUUUGUAAUAUUUUCGUUUACUUUAUGAACAACACAAUUCUAAUUUUCUCUGUUUUAAAUUACUUUAUUUCUAACACCAUCAAUUUAGUAUUCAAAAAAUUAGUCAAACAAGCAAAAGGCAAAAAAUAAACAAUCCAUGUCAAUCUCACCUACAUCUACCACAGUCCUAGAUGAUUCUAUUUUCUUAACUAAGCUAAGAGUUCUGUUUUUUUUUUAAAUAG